GACGCAGCGUUCAUCACGGAUGUAAACACCGCUCGGUUCACGUGGAGCGAAAAGCGACGAUGGCAUCGAAGCUGGAGCGUUUUGUGAGCCCCGGGAAAGGUAACGGACUGCGGGCAACAGCCAGCAUCAGGAGGGGAGAGCUGCUGGUGUCCGCCGAGCCGCUGGCCUGCUGUGUGUCCAAGAAACUGAUCAGAGAGGUCUGCCACCACUGCUUCACACGACUUGAGACCUUGUUGAGGUGUUCCCAGUGCAAGACGGCUCGCUACUGCAGUAUCACUUGCCAGAAACAAGCUUGGUCUGUCCAUAAGAGAGAGUGUAAAUGUCUGCGCAGCCUCCUACCCAGAUUUCCCACUGACUCAGUCCGUCUAGCUGCAAGACUCAUCUUUGCCCUGUUGAGUCCAUCUAGCAGCAGCAGUGAGCAGCUCUACACUUUAGAUGAUCAUGAGUCACACCUGACUUCUAUGCCUGAGCAGAAGAAACAAGGUCUGUCUCAGCUGGCGUCCAUGUUAGAGCUGUACCUGCAUGAGGAAGUGCCUGAUCUAAAACAGGAAUCAAAAGUGCCUCCUUCCUGCCGAGAAGCCCUCAGCCUUGUUGCAAAGGUGGUUUGUAAUUGUUUCACCAUCACUGACGGGGAGCUACAGGAGAGUGGGGUUGGGCUGUAUCCAAGUUUAUCUCUGCUAAACCAUGACUGUAGGCCAAACUGCAUGAUGGUGUUUGAGGGAACGAAAGUGCGGCUCAGAGCUGUUCAGAAUAUCAGCCCUGGAGAGGAGCUCACGAUAAGUUACAUCGAGUCGUUGUUGCCGACUGAGGACCGACAGAGACAGUUGGAGGAUCAGUACCAUUUUACCUGCCACUGCCAGAGAUGUGACUCUCAAGACAAGGAUGGACUCAUGCUGUCAGGCGAAGAAGCAGCAUGGCGCCCACUGAAGGAAGCUCUGCCAAGACUGGAGGAACUGAAAGCAGAGUCCAAUUGGACAGCACUAGUAGAGCGCUGUAGUCAUCUGUUAUUAGCUGCUGGUGGUGAAGUUCCUGAUGAAAAUCUCUACAAGCUCAAAAUUACAGACAUGGCUUUAGAUGCUUCCAUUCACCUGCAGCGCUGGGAAGAAGCGAUGAGAUACGGGGUGAAGACGCUUCCAGUGUACAGACUGUACUACCCAGAUCCCCAUCCAGUUCAUGGGAUUCAGCUGAUGAGAGUAGGAAAGCUGCAGCACUACCUGGAGCACAUCGAGGAGGCUCUGGACACAUUCAAACAGGCCUAUGAAGUCCUAAAGCUCACCCACGGCGAUGAUCACCCCACGAUGGCCGACCUGAUGACGAGGAUGGAGGGAUGUCGUUGUGAGAUGGAUCAAAAAUCAGCCAGCAGACACUGAGACACACACUUUAGGAACUGCUUCAUGUAACUGAUUUCACUGUUUUAUAUAUUUUUUUCUACAAUGGAAUUAUAAGAUUUGAGAGAUUUGUAAUACAAUGACAAAUUGGAGGAAGAUUUAUCUGUCUCCAGUCUGACUUUUAAUUUUCUCAUGUACAGCAAUAUAUCGGUAAAAAAUUGCUAGAUGAAAUUGUUAUUACCAGUGCGACCUUUUUUAAAUGCUAAUUAUAUUACUUAAUUUUGUUGAAGCCGUUUUAAAAACAGAUUGGAAAAUGACUAAUGCAGUUGUUUCAACAACACCUCAGGCUCCUCAGAUGUGACAAAUUAAACUUUAUUUUUUA